AUGGGAAUGGAAACACUGCUUCAUGCUCCUAUUCAGGUCCAGUUGCAGCAGCCAGAGGGCUCAGAUAUGGAGCCUGUUCAUGAAAAAAAAUACGGAAAUGAUCAAACAGUCAUCUUCUCAGAUGAAAAUCAAAUGGACUUGACAGCUAGUAACACUGUGAUGAUUACGAAAGGCUUCUUAAGUUGCCCUGAAAUGGGAAAGCCCUCCAAAAUAGACACCAAAUCCUUUCUGGCCAACUUAAAGUCCCACACUGAAGAUCUAACCAUGAACAAAGAAUUUAAUUUGUCUACUGAUCCUGAAAGAAUAGCUGAUAAAUGUUCUUUCCAGUCCAAAACAAGCACCUCUUCAGAAAAUAAAGUAAAUUUCAAUGACUUCAUAAAAAGAUUGAAGUUAGAAAAAUCUAUCAGUUCUUGUACUGAAGGACCUGAUAAAGAAAAUGUCUUUAUAGCCCACAUCCCUUCCCAAGGACCAAACAAUGAUGCCUUUUCUCUGCCAAAAAAGCAUAUAUUUCCUAAUGCAGAAGAGAACGGCCAUGGUGUCACUAGUGUCUUUAGAGAUCAAGAUGAUAGAAAGGAUAUCACCCAGUGCCAUACAGACAAUAUUCAGUCCAUGGACCCUAUAGCCAGAGAGACUCUCUUGAGGCCAGCUGAAGGAUGUGAUUUUACAGUGUAUGGUAAUGACUUUAUGGACUUGACAGUUAACCACACUGCACAGAUUUUGCUUCCUACAAAUAAUGCAUCUGGGAUAGAGAAUCAUAUUCAGAGUGUCACAGUAGAUGUUACAAAAGGUGAUUGUACUACUAAAAAUCCAGGGUCAAAGAGAACCUGUAGAAACCAACAGAAUGUUCCAUGUCAAGACUCUUCAGGAAAUCUUGAGGAUAAAAUAGACAUUACCAGAAGCCACAACGGGAUGACAAAUAUUCCCCCAACAUCGCAGGCUUCUAACCAAAGCUCUGUGACAUUGGCCUUAGCCCCAGAAUCUACAUGUCCUGGCCCAGUAUUUCAAGGUGAUAAAACAGUUUUCUUUUCUAGUAAUGAUGAUGCCAUGGAAAUGACCAAAAGUCUUACACCCAAAAGAGAUGAUAAAAAUGCAUGUGUCAGUAACUUAACUCAAAUGUGUCCAAAUCCAGGGAAUGCCAUCUCCAGUCUCAUGGAUAAAACUGUUUAUUCAGAAGAGGUUGACAUGGACAUUACUAAGAGUAACACAGUUGCCAUACAUGAUCAGAUUAUUGAAUUAUGCCCAACUAAUGUACAGGGCCCUUCUCCACCAAAUCUUGAAAAUGAGCUAUUAUUUCAAGAUCAGAAGGCUGUUUCAGAAGAUAUAAAACAGAACAAAAGCUGCAGUUCAGUUUCUUAUGUAACUACAGGAAAAUUACAACAGGGUCUUGCAAAUCCUUUAAGUGUUUCGUUGUCUGGUAACAAGUCUGUUGUCUUCUCAGGUGAAGAUAUGGAUUUGACCAAGUGUUGUACCGUCAAGAUUGAUAGCAAAGAUGACAUGAAAAGGCACAGUACUGACAUUAACACCUUUACACUGGAAUCUACGCUUGGACAGAAUUCUAGACUCUCUGAAUCACUGAAAAAACAUGUAGCUGAUACUUCACUUGCCUUUUGUCAUGACAAGACUCUUAUGUUUACAGAACAACAACAAAAUAUGGACUUAACAAGAAGUCACACUGCUGUUACUGGAUGUGAAGAUAUGGAUUUGACCAAGUGUUGUACCGUCAAGAUUGAUAGCAGUGACUUAGGAACUCAGUUACCUCUGACCUCAGCGAAUAUGCUGGCCCCUGUGAAAACCAAAAAACCUCUGUCUCCCAGCAAGAGACCCAGACUGGAGAAUGCACAGCUGUUAGACAAACGUGGGGGAAGUAAAAGCAUGAAUGAACUCUACAGUAACAAAACUGUUGCAUUUCCAGCAGGUGAUAAGAAUAAUAUGGAAAUUACCAGUGUUCUUACAAAGGAAAUAAACCACAAAGAUGUUCUAAAAGGUGAACAGGACGGUUGUGUGGUAUCUUUAGCUACAGCUUCCAAAACUGUUUUGUAUAGAGGUGAACAGGACGACAUGGAGCUCACUGACAUCACUAAAAGCCACAUUUUUGCAAUGGACUGUGAAGCUGAUUUACAAGAUGUAGGAACCAAUCGGAUGAUGGAUAAAACAGUGGUGUUUUCAGAUAAUCAGGAUGACCUAGAAAUUACUAAGUCUCACACUGUUUUCAUUGAUUACCAAACUAUGGAAAAGAUGCAGAGUAGGCCUCAUCUUAAAGACUCUAAAAGGAAAAGCCUAGGUCAACCAAAGAUGGUGCUUGCUCCUAAUGAUCAGACUGUUUUCUUUUCAGAGGAAGGUGGGAAUGAUUUGGAUCUCACUAAAAGCCACACAACAGUAAUAAACAGCCAGAUAAUACCACAAGGAGAUGACCACAAGAGUAUUCCUGUGGAUAAGACUAUAAUGUUUACAUCCAAUAAUGACAUGGAAUUAACUAAGCCAACUUGUAGUAUAAUUGAUAAAACUGUAGAGAGACCCAAACUAGAGAAUGCACAGCUGUUAGACAAACGUGGGGGAAGUAAAAGCAUGAAUGAACUCUGCAGUAACAAAACCGUUGUGUUUCCAGCAGGUGAUGAGAAUAAUAUGGAAAUUACCAGUGUUCUUACAAAAGAAAUAAAUCACAAAGAUAUCCUAAAAGGUGAACAGGGCAGUUGUGUCUUACCUUUAGCUACAGCUUCCAAAACUGUUUUGUAUAGAGGUGAACAGGAUGACAUGGAGCUCACUGACAUCACUAAAAGCCACAAUUUUGCAAUGGACUGUGAAGCUGAUUUACAAGAUGUAGGAACCAGUAAAGAUGUUGAUGAUGGAACGGUCACUAAAAAACAAAGAGAUGCAAUAGAAAAUGGAAAUUUUCUUCAGGAUGAACAGCAGCAGUCUGCAUUACCUUUCAUCCCUGUAGAUAAAACUAUUAAGUUUACUGGUGAUCAGGGUGUAAUGGAAAUGAACAGAUCUCAAAGUACUGUUAUUAAUGAAAAAACUUUGGAGAAACUUGUUGAUCAGGAUCAUGUAUUAGAAAUGGUCAAAAAAGAAGUAUGUGCUUUUGAUAGUACAAUUUUAUUGGGAAAGAUAACUAAAUCUAAAUCUAAAACAAUUCCAUUUAAGUUUCCAAAGCAUCAAGUGAAAGCUUUCACUGAUGAAGGAGAACAAAGACAAAGAAGUGAGCUCCUCAGGGAUGCUGUAUUUGUUGACUCUCAACCUCAGUUACUAACCCAGUCAAUUGCCUUACCAGAAAAGGAACAAUAUAUUGUAAAUGAAGAUAAACUAAUGCAAUCUGAGGCAAAAAAUGGAAAUUUGGAAGUUGCCACAGGAAACCUUUGCACACUUAACUAUGAAAACCUGUCCAAAAUGUUGCAUGAUGAUAGAGGACUUACUACACCCUCAGGAAAGGAACCAAAGCAAAAUGUAAAAAUAUCUGAAUGGGAAGCAACUGUGAAAAUCCAAGUUAACUCAGACUCAGCUACAGAAAUACAUCAGCUCCAUGCCACUCAUUCCACACUGUCAGAUCCUGUGAGUUCAUCUGAAGCUAUUAGUAUGGCUAAUAUUGAACCAAAUCUGAAUACAAUCAAGAGAUCUGAAAAUUUUUCACAAUCUCAGAUUAGUCAUAUAGCUAACCUUACAGAACAGUUGCCCAAAUUGGGAAAACAAGUUGAAGGCAGUGUGGAUGAAUCUCAAACCACAAAACAAACACAAAACACAAAAAUAGGAACCAAUAAUGCAGAGGACAUCAAAGAUGAGGGACAAGCAUAUUCUUAUACUGGAGAUGCAUCUUAUUCUGUACCCUUAAAGACUGUUGUAAAGGAUAAAAUUAAGGCAAAAAGGUACUCUUUGGGAAUCUUCUUACCCAGACUGCCAAACAAAAGAAAUUGCAGUGUCACUGGCAUGGAUGCCUUGGAGCAUAACUCAGUAGAUUUAACUGACUUAAACACUUUAGAAGCUCAACCAGUCAAUAAGAAAAAUUCAGAUUUGAUGUCUGCUUUAACAGAGCCACAUUUGAGCCCCUCUCAGUAUAUAAAUGAGGAGCACCUUCCUCUAGAUCCAGAAGAGAGUAAUUCUUCUGAAUCCAUCAGCAUCGAAACCAAGGGAAAGGCUUUGGUUGAGACUUACCAACAAGAGAUCCAACCACUUGAAAGUACAGUGAAAGAAAUCUUCAAUAGUCAGAAAAGACUCCUAGUCCAAGGAGAAGAUGACAGUAUUCCCAGUGAGAAGAAAGUCCGAAAAGAUGAGACCAGUCUUAGUAAUUCAGCCCAGGCUCUCCAGGCAUUUGAUCACCAUUCAGAAGAGUAUGUGGAUAAAAAUCCUUGUAGUUCAUUGAUAAAAAGUCUCAACAGGACCCCAUCUAGUUGUUCCAGCUCCUCGGAUUCCAUCAAGACUGAUGGGACAUUUGUGAAUUAUAGCAUGCAGCAGAGCAGUCAGAUGGAAUCACAAUUUCUUGUGGACCACAUUUGUGAAGAGAACUUGAAAGAGAAACUCCAUGAUGGUAGGAUCACUGUAAGAGAGUUCUUAUCACUUCUGCAGGUCCACAUUCUAAUUCAGAAACCUCGACAGAGCACCCUUCCAGGCAAUUUUGCUACAAAUGUGCCAUCUACACCAAAAGACUUAAUGUUAAGUCAAUACGUUUACCGGCCCAAAAUACAGAUUUAUAAAGAAGAUUGCCAGGCUCUCCGUCAAAAGAUUGAAGAAUUAAAGCUCCAUGCCUUGAAACAGGAUAAACUACUGGUGGAUGUGAAUAGGAGCCUGUGGGAAGUAAUGAAGGGCUGCUCUGAUGAAGAGCUGAAGACAUUUGGAGCUCAUCUGAACAAAAUGAAAUCACGUUUUGCCAAGAAGACUAAAGUUUUUGCUCACCAAAGGAAAGUGGUUCUAUAUAGCAAACUGGUACAAUCAGCAAAGGCUGAAUGGGAGAAGCUUCAGACAAGGAUGGACAAGAUGGAUUCUGUACUCAAGGAGGCGGAUACCUGUCUUGCUGCUCUGGACCUGGAAAUUAAGAAUAUGGACAAGAAUGAAGAAGAUAUCCCUAUGGCAGAGUGGGAUUCUGAAAUAUUAGCUACAGAGAAAGAAUUAGAACAAUUACAAGCUGAAGAAGAGGAACUCAAGAGGAAUAUAUCAGAACUGGAGAUAGAGAGGCAGCAGGCACUUGCCCAAAUAGAUAAUCUACAACAAGAAGCAAAUAGAACUAAGAAAUGCCUGGAAAAAUUCAACUGCUCAGAAUGGGAGAUUAUUGAAUGGAGUGAUAGCCAGGCUGUAUUCACUUUCCUUUAUGACUCAAUAGAGCUCACCAUCACCUUUGGAGAGCCUGUGGAUGGUCUUCCUUUCCUGAGCAAGACUUGCAGAAAGAUUAUUGAUAUAAACUUUGAAACUCUGCUGCAUGAAAAUAAAGCUCCUCCAUCAUCACUGUUAGUGCAUAGACUCAUUUUUCAGUUUAUUGAGGAUCAGGGAUCAUGGAAGAAUAAAUGCAUAACACAGCAUCAUGUGCCUAAGAUGCUACAAGAGAUUUCACUGGUAGUAAGCCGUUGUAGACUCCUCGGAGAAGAGAUUGAAUUUCUAAAUAGAUGGGGACCAAAAUAUAACCUCAUGAACAUAGACGUGAAUAAUACUGAAGUGAAGCUCUUAUUCUCCAGUUCUGCUGCUUUUUCCAAGUUUGAAUUGACACUGACUCUUUCAGCCCAUUAUCCAUCUGUCCCAUUAUCUUUCACCAUUCAGAACCUCAUUGGGAAUAUUGCCCAAGAUAAAAUUGCUGCCAUUUUGUCUAAUGUGCCGCUGGAUAACAACUACCUGAAGACAGCAGUCAAGUGCAUUUACCAAGAUCUCCUCCAAGGCCCUCAUCUUCGUCACUAGAACCACCACUAACAACUAUAAUGAUCAAACCUUUUCCACCACUUGCUGUUCAGCCUUGACUCUCUUUGGUGUAUU